GUCUGCAUUGCGCAUUCACGAGGCAGGCGCAUCGUGACGACGCCGCGACGCCUGUGACGCGCUGUCACUGAACGGUAGUACAUAUCCCUCGUCCUUUGUCGUCGGCACGCAAACCCGUAGAUGUACAUCGACGUACACCCACAGAUACAAAUACAUGGAGAUACACAUCGAAACGCGUGUAUUUGUGCGCUGAGAAGGUUAUAUCUGUAGGACGACAUGGGCUGUUAAUAUCGCCAACCCUGAAAGCCCUCUCUGCUCGGAUCGCCCUUACUAUAAACUCGAGACCGAGUCUCAUCCUCGCUUCUUCAUCCGACCUCGUAUCCAACUUAUUUCACGGACACGAGAGCGAUUCCAUUGGAACGGGCCAAUAUUGUCGAAUCUCUGCCAAAUAAUCCGGUCGGAAGGCUCUCUCGAGGAGGGGGUCCAAACCGUUGGGUGUCGACUGCCUUGAUACGUCAACCUCUUGGGAAUCUUGGAGGAUUCUUGAGAAAGUUUGAACAAAAACACAUCCAAUGUGGGGCCGAGCCAACGUCGCCAAGUCCGUCCUCUUCCUCGCAGGAUGGGCAUGCUUCCUACUCCCCCGAUGCGAAGGAAUAGGGUCAGAGCCGAGUGCAGUGGAAAUCGAGUCCGAGGCAAUUCUCGAACGAGCUACUGCCUGGCUCUGGAAUCAACGUGACAAAGAUGCCGGCUGGGGAAACGACACCCAUCGAGUUCUUCUCGCUCUCAGACUCGCCAAUCUUUCCCGCGACGAAAAUUCAGCCUCGCCAGCUGCGGUCGAAAUGCAGCUCAGUGGAAAGCAAAUGGAACUCGAAAUAGUUCUCCUCCUCUGGAGGCAUCACGAAGUGGGCUUUUCAGCGGUGCACUUGGCUCGUUACACCCUCGCGCUCAAUGCUCUGUGCAUGGAUCCGCGACAAUUUCACGGUCACGAUUUGAUUGGAACGUUGCAACACCACGAGCCAACGACGGAUUACGAAUUCGCGCUUACGACUCUCGCUGCGUGCAGUGCACAGGCGCACGUGCGUAAGCGACAAAUUCGCAGGCUCAUGGAUAUCGCGGGAGCCGCUCAAUACCACAACGUCGAUACCGUGGCGAUGGUCAUACUCGCCUUACGUUGCAUCGUCCAGGAUCACAGACACAGAAAUCUCCACCAUUUCGUGAGAAAGCCAUCGCUCGAUUUGGCUCAUCAGCAGAGACUCGACGGCAGCUUCGGGGAUUUGCAUACAACUGCAUUGGCGAUGCAGGCACUUGAGGAGGUGGAAAAUGAGCCUGCGGUCAAUUGGAACAAAUCAGCAGCUCUCGGCUGGCUGACAAGUCGUCAGAGACCGGAUGGCUCGUUUGAUGGUAAUGUUCACGUCACUGCGGAAGCGGUCCUCGGUGUCGCGCCACGAAGUCUCGCCAGCAUUAGAAUACUCGACUGCGGUCAAGGCCUCACGGACAGCGCGCCUCCCAGACUGACUACGAUUAUCGAUGUUACGUCGCCGGACAAUCGUGGUGAAAAUCUCAUCCCCUCGAUAAUCGGCAAUAAUUCGAGCAACGUGAGUACCGAAUCGGCAAUAGGAGCGACAGCGACUCCUCAGUUGGUCAACGUUUCUUACACGCUUUGGGUCGGCACCAACGAGACAUAUCAUUUGACCGUGACUGUACCGAAGAACGAGACUUUUUAUGACGUCAUGAUGCUCGCCGCUGAGAUGUCACCGCAUUUCCAAUUCUCCGCCUCGGAAUGGCCCAACGGUCAUUACGUUCACACAUUAGCCGGCUACAAAGAGGAGCCCAUGUCGUAUCAUUAUUGGCUCCUGUACAGAUUACCCACGCCACCUGAUCUGGCAUCGCCGCCUGGCAAUCAAUUAGUCGCUCCAGGAGGUGUCGAUGACCUCGAGAUAAGCGAAGGCGAGCAUUACCUCUUCUGGUACAAGAAGCUGUGAAGUGGCGAUUCUCCGAGAAAAGGGCAGAGUCGAAACGACAGCGAGUCCUCGGUCCAAGAGGAAUUAAAAAUCUGGGAAAAAGAAACGAGGGAUUUUAGAAAUUUGGGAACGUAGCAAAUCGGUCAUAAAUCCAUCGAUCUAGACACGAAUCCCUUGCGAUUUCUAUGCAGAAAAAAAACAAAGAAACAAACAUUAAAAAUGAAAAAGAAUAAUGUCUCAUUGGAUUAUAAAAGGAAACGAAGCAGACGAUGCCAAGCUUUGUGGCAUGGAUAUAUCAGGAUGAAAUACAUUAAUUGUUAUGCCAAAUUAUGACAGCAUAACGUUUUGUAUGAAACUGCAAUGCACAACCAUAUUGUACUUAAUAUCGUAUUAAUCAAUCUUUAAUAAACGCGAUACAAUACGUAUACGUAGAUUUAAA